UUUAAAUUCACAUGUAAAGGGGUUGGGUGAUAACUGAUAAGAGAUGAAAAAUAUUACAGCACAAUCUGCCAUGCAUCUUACAAUAGCCUAAAUGUUUCAACUACAUGACGUUUCCCUCAAUACAAAAAUGUAAACAAACAUGGCGGGUCUUGUUGCUGAUUACGGCGGUGAAAGCGAAGACGAAAGCUGUACUGAAUCGUCAUUAGAAAACAAAACAGAGGAAAAGGACGAUCAAAAAUAUCCUAUUAAAACACAUGAUUAUCAGGAAAAACUGCAUCUGCCAGACAUGCUGAAAAAUACACCGAAAUUGACUAGUUCCCCGACAAAAUUAAACACAGCUUCAGUAUUUUUCAAUCCGUUCAAAGUAAAAGAUGAGGAAAAACUGGAAAUUCUCGAAAAACACGUAAAGUUGAGUGAAGGAAACAAUUACGAUUCAUCUAGGGACAUGACUAUAUUUCAGCGCAGUGAAAACACACGUAGAUUUUUCAAACAAAAGAAUUCAAAAAGCAAGUGGGAGAGAAACGAAGAAAACGAUCAUUUCAAACCAACGACAAUGGUAAAGCGCAAACGAAGAGUGGGGGUUAAUGACUCGCUCAUUCCCCCCAAAAAAGCUCUUGAAGCGUACAAGAAACAACGAACAGAGGAAGCAUUGUCACAUUUAACAUGAUCUGAUAUACAGUUAUGGUGCUUUUAGUGCAAUAUUGGUAGCACUCUCUUACAUACAGAAUUGGGUAGGCUGCUUGUACAGGGAUAUUAUUAGAAUCAGUGGUGCCAUGAUUAUCAGCAGAAAACAUGCCAUACAUAAGGCAUUCAAACAUUUUUCAGUUUUAACGCAAGCUAAUCUUAAUUGUAUCUGUAAAAUCUUUUGUUCUUAGUUACCUCUGAAGGUUUUCUAACUAAAUUGCGCUGAUUCUCUGGAGGCACUGAGUCCACGCAAUUAAACGUAAGGAAACAUUGAUGGAAAUGAGAAACAGGUACAAAGAUUCGGCUUAUCAAAGUACAUAAGUGGAGCAAACUUACAUAUAUUGAUGAGCUUAACAACCUUCAGCUAACACAGAAGUCACAAGAGUGCGAUUGGUGAAUACCGUGAAAUUUACUUCCGACAGACGUUUCAGAUGUCGAAAAGGUAAUGCUGCGAUUUUGCAAGGGCUAAAUGACAACGAGAGCUUAUCCUUCGUACGUCAAGUCAACAUACCGAUUUUACGACCGCAGAGGAUCGAAGACUGUUAUUGAGUGAAUGAAUUUAACUUUGCCUUUCACUCAUUUCUUAUCGUACAUUUAUCAUUGAUGAAUAAAGAUAGGCAAUACAAUGCCAGCUUUCUUCUCAUAAACACUUGUAUAUAAGUGGACGAAAAAUGAACAUCUACGGUGCAUUUUAGGUUAACUGAGGCAAAUGCAACCAGAAAAGUUCCACGCGAGGAAAACGGAAGCAUAAAAGACUUUAGCUAACUUAUGUGUAAUUGAAAACUGUAAUUUUCAAAAGAUGAGUAAACACUGACGUAUCACUGUAA